UAUUAAACCGUCUGAGCUCAGGAAUCCGGCCAGAUCAUCCCCCCCCUCCUGCUGCAAAGUUUAUUUUUAACCAGCCACCGCCACAAUUUGGAUGGGGCUGCGAGGAAGCAACAUCUUCUAGCCCGGCUCGCCCCCGUCUCCCGAGAUUGCCUUUUAACUUUUCCUUCGGGCUUAUUUUCCUGCCGGCGGUGGCGGCGGGUCCCGCGGCGGCCCCUGCCCGCUGUUCCCGGCUGGGAGGGCCGCGCCGAAGCUGGGAAGUUGGGAUGAAGGCGCCCCUUCUUCGCAGCGUUCCUGAAAUAAACUUCCUGCAAUUCUUUGCAGUGUGCAGGUGUCCAGACUCCCCUUUACUCAUGGUCGCCUGUGAAACCCGUCAGGCUACUGAAGGCUGUACCUAAAAUUCUGCUGGCAGUGCAGCACACAGCAGUGGCCUUGAGAUAGUUACGGUGGACACCUUGUGCAGCUACAGGCUGUAGCAUCCCCUCGUAGUCCGAACAACUGAGUAUUGCGGUCCAGGAGUCUACACGUGUGGAGGACUGCCUGGAAUAGAAAAAGGAAAGCUGCAGAGAUUGUAAGCUGCUGCUUGAUCCGUGUGGCUGUUGUGCCGAGGAGCAUCAAAACAUUGCUGGAUGGAUCCGACAGCUCGUUGCAAAGUAGAGGUGCUAGAGGGUGCUGCUGAAGAAGAGGCUGAAGAGCCAGACGCUACUACACGUACUACACUAAGUGAGGAGACCAGCAACCAAGAAGAGAGCCACAAUCAGUCGGGGGAUAAAGAUGAAGAGAAGCAGCUGGAAAGCUUAAACACCUACAAGGUAUCCCCAAGUUCACCAAACAGUUUGGACGGAGCAGACUUGUCCUCCAUUGACGCCAUGAUGUCAGCAGUGAUGAAUGUGGGGAAGAUUGCUGAAAACGGCGGGAACUCUCAAAAUGUCAAAUCUCCCUCAAAGUCUCCUGCACCAAAUCGAAUUGGCAGGAGGAACCAGGAAACAAAAGAAGAGAAGUCUUCCUAUACCUGUCCUCUGUGUGAAAAGAUUUGCACUACACAGCACCAGCUAACUAUGCACAUUCGUCAGCAUAACACUGACACUGGAGGGACAGACCAUUCCUGCAGCAUCUGUGGAAAGUCUCUGAGCUCAGCGAGCUCCCUUGAUCGCCACAUGCUGGUGCACUCAGGUGAAAGGCCUUAUAAAUGUUCAGUAUGUGGACAGUCCUUCACCACCAAUGGAAACAUGCACAGGCACAUGAAGAUUCACGAGAAGGAUCCGAACAGCACAGCGAGCACAACUCCCCCCUCGCCGCUGAGGCGCAGGCGAUUACCUUCAAAACGGAAGUUUAGUCACGAUGCUGAUUUGGACAGAGAAGAGAGAACACCUGCAAAAAAGGUUGUCGAGGAUGGUCACUCUGGUGAAGGGGAUAAGAAGGCUGACGAUGAAGUUUAUCAUUGUCCAGUGUGUUUCAAAGACUUUUUUUGCAAGUACGGGCUGGAGUCCCACAUGGAAACACAUCCAGAUAAUUCACUGAGGUGUGACAUCUGUUGUAUUACCUUUCGUACUCAUCGGGGCUUACUGCGCCAUAAUGCAGUCAUCCACAAGCAGCUUCCCAGAGAUCCCAUGGGAAAGCCUUUCAUUCAGAACAACCCUUCGAUUCCAGCAGGCUUCCACGACUUGGGAUUCACAGACUUCUCCUGUAGGAAGUUCCCCCGCAUUUCUCAGGUCUGGUGUGAAACAAAUUUGCGAAGGUGCAUCAGUGACUUCCAUCGAUUUAUUUGCGAGAUGUGUAACAAGGCAUUCCCCAUGCUUUCGGCACUCAAACUGCACACAGAAACACAUGUGGUGGAUCAGGGAAAAGACAAGCACAAGCCACAGUCCAUGACCCCACCUGGCGAGAAUCCAGACCAGAAAGCCUUCAUGGCAUCCUUGGGCCUACAGUACACCAAAGACAUCAAACCUGUCAAGCAGGAGGACAAUACACAGGAUGAGGUCCAAGAAAUGCGGCUCAGAGCACUGAAGAGUAACCUACCUCAGGAACCUGGCAGCACCACCCUGCUCAGCCUCUCUCCUCUGGAAGCUGCCUCCAUGGGAGGGUCAUUUUCAGUCCUUCCCCCUACAAAAGAAAACAUAAAGCUUCUCUCGCUGCAGCCUUUCCAGAAGGGUUUUAUUAUCCAGCCUGACAGCAGUAUUGUGGUGAAACCCAUCUCCAAUGAGUCUGCCAUUGAGCUGGCAGAUAUUCAGCAGAUCUUGAAGAUGGCUUCUUCCGCUCCUCCUCAAAUCAGUCUUCCUCCACUUUCUAAGGCACCUUCUGUCCCUGUGCAGUCCAUUUUCAAGCAUAUGCCACCACUGAAGCCAAAGCCUUUGGUAACGCCCCGAACAGUUGUCGCAACCUCUACACCUCCUCCUCUUAUCAGUGCCCAGCAAGCCUCCCCUGGCUGCAUCAGCCCAAGCCUCCCACCUCCCCCUCUGAGGCUGAUCAAGAACUCGGUGGAGUCCUCCUCCAACUCUCAUCUCCCUCAGCCAGGAGCCAAAUCAAGUCCUUCCUCACAGUUGCUCCUCCAACCCAAAGCAGAGCCUUUAACUCAGCAUGAGAUGAAGACGCAACUGGAGCAGGACAGCAUCAUCGAAGCUCUCCUGCCUCUGAGUAUGGAAGCCAAGAUCAAGCAAGAGGUCACAGAAGGAGACCUCAAAGCCAUCAUUGCAGGGGCAGCGAACAAGAAGACCCCAACCAUGAGGAAAGUUUUGUACCCCUGCCGUUUCUGUGACCAGGUGUUUGCCUUCUCUGGUGUCCUGAGAGCUCACAUCCGUUCUCACUUAGGUAUUUCCCCGUAUCAGUGCAACAUCUGUGACUACAUCGCAGCUGACAAGGCAGCACUGAUCCGGCACCUGCGGACACACAGUGGGGAGAGGCCUUACAUAUGUAAAAUCUGCCACUACCCAUUCACAGUGAAAGCCAACUGUGAGAGGCACCUGCGGAAGAAGCACCUCAAAGUGACCAGGAAGGAUAUAGAGAAGAACAUCGAAUAUGUCACGAGCAAUGCCGCAGAGAUGGUGGAUGCCUUCUGCUCCCCAGACACUGUGUGCAAGCUGUGUGGUGAGGACCUGAAGCAUUACCGUGCCCUCCGCAUUCACAUGAGGACACACAGUGGGUGCCAGAAGAAGAAGCCAUUUGAGUGCAAGGAGUGUGGCACAGCCUUUUCAGCUAAGAGAAAUUGCAUUCACCAUAUCCUCAAGCAGCACUUGCAUGUGCAAGAAAGGGAGAUUGAGAAUUACAUCUUAACGGUGGACUGCAGUGCCCAGGAGAGCCAGACAGAGCCUUCCUUAUUGGAGGACAGCACUUAUAUGGACCACAAGCCCAUGGCGCCUUUUCUGGAGCCACAAAAUGGCUUCUUGCUUGGAACAUCAUCUCACGUUUCCAUCAAGCGUGAACCUGUGGGCAGCUUUCCGAUGGAUUUUGAUGAGCCUUUGGAUUUCUCUCAGAAGAGCAAAAGCCUGAGUGCUGUGCAAGUGAAGCAGGAGAACCUGUUCGGCUCUUCUCCCCUGUCCCUUUACGACUGUUCCAUGGAGCCUAUUGACCUCUCCAUCCCCAAAAUCCUGAAGAAGGAUAAAGAUGAUGUCCCAUGUGAAGCCAGGAAUCAAGAGUUGGCUGCUUCUGGGAACAGUGAUAAAGCCUAUAACUGUCUGCAGUGUCCUUUGGUUUUUGGUGCCAAUGGGGGCUCAGAGACAAACCGGGGUGUCAGACAUCCCCAGCCACUGAAAGGUUCAUUGCAUUUGACUGUCCCGAUCAUUUCCCCAGCUCUCCCUGGCAAUUCUGCCUUGCUGAGACCCUUGAGGCCUAAACCAGCACCGCCACCUCUCUUGCCAAAGCCUUCAGUAACUAAAGAGCUGCCGCCAUUGGCUUCCAUUGCACAGAUCAUUUCAUCUGUGUCUUCUGCUCACGCUUUGCUGAAAACAGAGGCUCCAGACGCCAGUCCCAAGGCAGCGAGCAGCUCCACUGGGUGUGACAAAUCAGGGAACGCCAAAGCUAAAGUGACAAUCAUGACUGCUGUUCAGAGAGACUCCAGCCUGCCCAGUGACCUGUCUCAGGCAUGUGAUCCAGAGCAGUCUCCCGUUGCUGAUGCUGGGUUGACUAAGAAGAGAGGUAGAAAGAAAGGAACGAAAAAUAAGCCCAAACUUAGCAGUAAUGUGGAUCUGGAGUCAAGUGGGGAGUUUGCCAGCAUAGAGAAAAUGCUGGCUACCACAGACGCUAACAAAUUUAGCCCGUUUCUGCAGUCCACUGACAAUUUCAAGGAAGAAAGUGGCAGAAAUGGAACAAGUGAGGAUGAGAAGGAAACUGCCAAGGAUAAGCUGCUGAGAGGGAAGAGGAACACUUAUUCAGACUGCGUGCAAAAUAUCCCCUGUCCUUACUGUCCUCAAGUCUUUCCAUGGGCAAAUUCCCUGCAGCGGCACAUGCUCACUCACACAGACAGCCAGGCUGAUGCAGAGACGCUAGCUACAGGAAACAAAGUCUUGAACCUGACCUACUGCGAGAAGGAGCAGUCAGAGGAAAUGACAGAGCUACCAGAGAGUGAGUGCGGCCCUAAGGAGGAGCAAAAGGCUGACUCCCUUCUGGCAGAAGAGGAUGCUGAAGAAAAAGUGGAUGGAUAUGAAGAGGGCCCUGAGGAAGAUUCUGUAAGUAACAAAAGUCUUGACCUCAAUUUUGCCAGCAAAUUAAUGGACUUCAAGCUGGCAGAGAGUGACCAGGGCGCAGGCAGCAGUUCUCAGACUGAAAGGAAACAUGCCUGUGACAUUUGUGGCAAAACCUUCAAGUUUGCUGGCACUCUUAGCCGUCACAAAAAGGCCCACAUUCGUGAGGACAGAAAGGAUGAAAGGAGCAGUGAGGAUGAAAGCAAAAGCAUUCAGGAUGAUGCAGGAGCUCCCUCGAUGCAGGACUCUGGUCUUGAGCAGGAAGAGUCUCCGUUGGACUUGAAGGUAGUGGAGUCUCCUGUGGACUGUGAGGCAACAGGAAAGGAGAAUGAAGAGAGCGAAAGCGUCUCUGAGGGGGAAGGCACAGAGAGAAAGUCCACUGAGAAGAGCAGUGAUGACAAAAAACCAAAGACUGAUGGGGCUAAGAGUACUGCAAAAGCAGACAAAAGAAAGAAAGUCUGUACUGUGUGCAACAAGCGUUUCUGGUCUCUGCAAGAUCUGACGCGACAUAUGCGGUCUCAUACAGGUGAGAGACCUUACAAGUGUCAAACCUGUGAACGGACCUUCACUCUGAAGCACAGCCUGGUUCGUCACCAGCGCAUACACCAGAAAGUCAAAAAUGCCCGAAACCACGGGAAGGAGAGUGACAAGGAGGAGACCCAGUCGAGGUGUGGAGAAGACAGUGAAAAUGAGUCCAAUCACAGUGGCGCCAACCCCAUCUCAGAAAACGAGUGCGACUCCGCGGGGGCUGUCGGUAGCCAUACACCCCUCAUGGGAAGCCGAAAUGAGUCCCUGGCUGGCAUGGUCAUGGAUUCCCCCUGCGGAGAGGAGAGGAGCGGCACCUGCCUCAUGGAGCCCACCAAGAGUGCACAGAAACAGACCGCAAAAGACCAGGAACCUCGGGGUGGCUCCGAGCACGAGAGGCCCUCAGGUUUCAUUCAAGACUUGCUGGAGAUGCACAACACGCCAUCUCCCAUGAAUCACAUCCUUGCCCCUGCAGACAGUGCACCUCAGCUCUUGGGGGUUGAAUGACUUGCUAGGAGGUUGGACCCAUCCCAGCAGGCAAACUGAAGCCAGCAGAGCAAGGUUUCUGGAGUCUCAUUUUGGAAGAGCGACCUACAGCUAUGGGGAGAGUAUGGCAGACUGGACGCGGUGCCAUAUGCCUUUCAGUAUAAUAAUGCAAGAGACUACAGUAUAUACUGAUUUGAGUGCCUUACUACUUUAUUAGAUCUUUUGGUAUUAUAGAUUUUUUCAAAAAUGAUUUUAAUAUUUUAAAGAAUUAUUUGGAGAGGACCCUUUUUCAUUUAAGCAUUAAUGUUACCUUUUGUAUUGGUGUGUGUGAGCUUGUUCUUGUAUAUCUGUGAUAGUCGCUGUGUUUGUUCUCUGAGCUGGAAAUGGGGGCAGUGGGGUGGGAGGCCCUUGGAUACCACAGCCAAUAACUGGAAGAAAAAUGAUGUGAAUUUCAUAUGAAAUAGUCAGAGGAGAUGCAGAGGAGAUGUUGAUUUAUUGUUUUUUCUCAGUAGAUGUUCUUGCAUUUGCCACACGGUGGAGCAUUAAGCCUGUUCGAGGCCUGAACAACGUGGCAGUUGAAGGUGUUCAAAGUGGUUCAAGCCAAAAGCAAUGAAUUUCAACCUCAUGCUUGUUUCCACUUUUCAGCAUUAGAAAUGGUCUUCUGAAUCCUAGGGGUUUUUUCUGGCCAUCAUGAACUGAGCAUGUGUACAGAGAAGAGUUACAUAGCAACGUAACCUAUGGAAAUUAUGCACCUGCUGUUACAUAUGUUUGAUUUGCUUCAGUAUAUUAUUAUUAUUAUUUUAUUAUUAUUUUAUAAAUCCAUCAGUUCGCUCGUCUCUGCAGUCAGCAGAAACCAAUGGGCAAUAUUUGCCCACAGAGAUGCGUAGCGCAGCUUGGAUCCCCUCUCCAAGUGUUUUUGACUUAACGCUUUCACCAGCUCCUCCUCCUCCUCCUCCUCCUCCUCCUCCUGCUCCUCCUCUUCCUCCUCCUCCUGUGUUGCAGCUCUUCCACUGUACUUUAAAUGAAACCCUUCCUCUGACCAGAGAGUCAAGUGGAGGCCAGCGAGGUAUCGUCCCACCUGUGCAGGGGUACAUCUCACUCGUGGUGGGGUGUGAGUGUGUGCGUGUGGGUGCGUGUGUGCGUAUCAGAGGAGAGGUGUGCGAGGACGGGACCACGCCAGGCCCCUCCAAGUGCGUGAGAAAGGCACUGCAAGUGCUGGAUUAGUCUCGUUGCAAUCACAUUGGUGAUAGCGUGUGUUACUUAAAGAGCAAAGUUAUUCCGUCUUCCAGUUGAAAGCAAGAGAGAAAUGCGAGCCUUACCCUCAUCUUGCUACUGUCACGUUCUAGAAGAGCAAGAAAAUACUACUGGUAAUAAAACUACAGAUAUACGACAUGUUAAAAAUAAAUAAAAUAAAUUAAAAAAAAAAUUAAAUUCUUCCUGAGAUUUUGGGGUUGAUGCUUGAAGACUUAAGGUGUGUGUCUAAAUUUCAUAUCAGUAAUUUAACCCCUUUAAUGCUGGCAGCUGGAAUUUCUCUGUAUGGCUCCUGUUGCCGGCAACAGGUGACACUCUGGCCACCAAUAUUGAAGGGGUUAAGUGAAAUGUAUCCUACUGUAGCUGCGCAUUUUUAGGAGUGCACAGCAUUUUUGUUGUCCUUGUUGUUGUUGUCGUCGUUAUUGUUGUUUGUUAAUUGUCCUUCAGUCAUGACCUCUGGGACAGACAGAGCCAUAAUAGCAUUGCCGGAGCCUCACUGUGCUAUUCCACCACUGCAGCCCAGCCCAGCCCAGCCCGCACUGUGACCCUCCCUCCUUCCCCCCGCAGAAUUACUUUUCCUGCUCUCACCAGACAUGGAGGAAGAGGGCCUCGAACCCAGUCUAUAUUAUAUAAUAUAUAUAUCUAUAUAUAUCUAUCUAUAUAUUAAAAUUCUCGUAAAAUUUCUGGAGACUGAAAUCUCACUGUCCAGAAUUGAGAGGAAGAGAAGCGUUCUUGAGUAAUAUUCUUGCAAAUAGAAUAAGAAAAAAUGGUUGAGGUAUAUGUGAUUUCUAUUUUUUUGUGGUUGAUUUUUUUUUUUAAUUUUUAAAUAGGGAUGUUUGAACCAGUUCUGAAACGAAGCUAAUGCCAGAUAUAGAUAAACCAAUCACAACCAGUGAUUCAUUUGAAACUCUACCCAGGUGCAUUCUACUUAAUUAAAACCAGUUCAUGCAUCCCUUAAAUUGUUAUUACUAUUAUAAUUAUAAUUAUUAUUAUUAUUAUUAUUAUUUUGGGUAUUUUUUGGUUUUUGUCAUUUGGUUUUUUUGUUUGUUUAUUUUGGGUUUUUUUGUUUUGUUUUUUUUUUUUGCAACUCUCCACACUAAACUGCGCAAUACUGUGGGGGAGAAGCCAUUACUAAACUAUAUGCUGCAGAACAAUGUAGCAAGUAAUUAAUUCCCAGCAUCCUGCCGGGACAUCUGCUAGCAAUAAUCACUAUUGAUUUAAAGCUUUAUUUAGCCUUUAUCUAUAUCCUAGUAGAGUAUAAGGUCUUGCCACAUUUUAUUGACAUUUUUAUUAGUUGAGUUUGACUGAGAACUGUUGCUGUUGUUGGGAUUUUUUUUUUGUUUCCCCUCCUCCCCCAAUAUUAAACUGUGAAAUUUAUAAUGUGUUUAAACUAUGGGUGAAUCUUAGGCUUUAGUUUGCAUGUUCAGCUAAUUUGUCUCUAUAUGAUUUUUGUUUGAAUCUUUUUAUUUUUUUCCUCUCUCAGGGCUUUUACAAAAAACAAAACAAAACAAAAAAAAAAUCUUCUAAAAUGCUUUUUCCUGAGUUGCAAUGGACUUAACAUGGAGAUAAUUCAAUCACUACAUUAAGCACUUGACUGUGAAAGCGCAAAGAAAAAUAAACAAAGGAAAAAAAAAAGAGAGAACCUUGUUUGAGGCUGUUGUGAAAUAACUUUCGGGGGCUAUGUGACAGUCUGAUUCCAUUUUCAGAAUGAUUCAUCAUCUUCUCUCUCUCUGUGUCUUUUUUCUCUCUUCUCUUUCUCCACGAAGGAAUUUUAAUCCUAGUGAUUUCAUCCCAUGCAGGAAACAGUAAUAAAUGUGUAGAAUUCAUAUUUUUCUAAAGGGAACUUAAACUGCUGCUACGAAUUGUGUACAAGACUGGUUUAUGCCACAUGAACAGAGAAUCACACAUUUGUUUUGGUACUUUUAUUCCUCUUUUUAUUCAGUUGUACAGUACUUCCAAAUUCAAAAUAAAAAGUAAAACUUGUUCUGUAUCAAACCAUCUAAGCAAUAAAAUGUUAUAUUUAAAAAUUA